UUAAGGGAUUGCGUGGUAACCAUGGCAGCUUCGCUGUCUGUCACUGUCUUGUUCCACAACCUUCUGCCUCCUGACCUUCACCCUGAAGCCUCUUUGUCAGCUGCCCACUGUGUUAACACCUGCUACUACAACCGGACAUGCGCAUCAGUGUUCUAUGACCGUAGUCUUCAUCUGUGCUACCAGAGUGAUCUUUGGUUCGACGAAGUAGUACCUGGCCUCAUUUCCCAACCAAGUGUCUCCUACAUUACAUUUAUAAGAUCUGAUUGUCCGAGGAACUGGACUUACCACAAACCCACGGGCAAGUGUUUCUUUGCUGGCGAUGAUACCACCAGCAGCAAGGCCAUUGCAUUCUGUACGUCAUAUGGAUCCCCCGGAGGAAGGCUCUUCAACAUCUAUAGCGCGGAAGAGGAUAGGAUUCCAAUAACUUUGGCCAUAAGACAUGUUUUUAGAAUUCCAUUCCUGGAGGCCCACAUCUUUGAGUCAUUGAUGACAAGCAGAGACAAACGUAUUAACACAGCCAACAUCUUGAGCAAGCCAAGCGUAUCCAAAUCCUAA